AUGCUCACAUUUGAAUGUAAUAGCUUAAAGAAUAUUGGAGUUUCUGUGUGUUUUCUAAUCGUCACCUUCUUCGGAUUCCUUUUAGGUGAGCUACUGGGGGAGUUCGCCAACUACUUCCACUACGGCUACCACGAGUGCAUGAAGAACCUGGUGCACUACCUGACCACGGAGGAGAGGGUUGAGACCAAAGACAUCAAGUACGCAAGGAUCCUGGCCUUUCUUCAGUCCAAGUCCCGGGUCGCCACCGAGCCGGUGUUCGGCUCACUGGGCGCGUUUCCAGACCAGGCAGAUUAUCUGUGCCAGUUGCACUCCUCCCCGGAGUCACUCCAGAGUCACAGCCCCAACGACUCCGUGUUUCAGCAGAGCCCACCCGGACACUUCUCUUGGCACAGCACGGCGCGCAGCCCGACCAUCUCGUACCCAACGGUGCCGCUUUCCGCACCGACGCAACAGCACCAUGGUGGCUACCUGUCACCAGUGCAAGGACUUGACCAUCACUACUUCAACUUUUUCAACGGCCACCCGCACGCGAAUGCGUUCAGUUUGCACAGUACGCAACAUGCGUUGUAAAUAGAAUCCGGUUACCGUUUUGUGUUGUGUUUAUUUA